AUGCCGGCAUGGCUUUGGGCAUUGUGCCUUGCCAGCUUCAGGCUGCUCGCGGUCCAAUGCAGCACCGAAAGUGUGCUGAGCGGUGAACCCUGGAGACCAACCGUUUCCAAGAGCAUCCAGAAAUCUGCGAAUCGCAGCAAGUGGCGGCACGCUGAGCAUAUUCUGCGCUGGCGCCGCCGCCUGCAAGAAACGACGACCUUAUCUACACAGACAUUUCCAGGCUUCAAUACGAAGCGCUCGGAGCUGUGCGUGGGGCAGGGCCAGUCCGUUCUGCAGGAGGAGCGCCCGCUUACAAGCACAAGUUUGAGCCUGUGCUCCUAUUGUCGAGGACCCGACAUCGAUCCGUGCAUCUAUGAUGUCUCGGAGUGUUUUGGAAUCUCUCAGGGCUCGUCCUGCAGGGUGCGCUGCAAAGCGCCUUAUCUUGGAGCGUCGUCGAUUGCGCUGUGUCCGGCAUCUGGAACCUCGGGCGAGGAGGCGAACCUGAGCUUCCAGCUGCCGAAUUGCGUUGCGGCUUUGGAGCAAGACAAGGUAUCGUGCCCGAAUCCGACGACAAUCCCAUCGGGCUACUUUCAGGUGCAGGAGACGGGGCAGUGGACCUGCCGAGACGGUCAUCACGGGGAGGCGGUGAGAGAGUGCACCCUGCUACGGGUUGGUGACACGUGCGUCCUGCAGGCUGUCUUCUCUGGCUGUUUGCCUCUGCUGCCAUGCCGUCGACCCGAUCCUGCCUCCGAUUUUCAAGAUGGCAUGUUUGACGUCCCUUCCUGUGGCUUCAAUACCAGCGGCUGUGAAAAUGUUCAGCCCGGCUCCUCGUGUGAGAUCCACUGUCAAGAGCCCUUCAUGGGGCCUAGCGUUACUGCUACAUGUCUCAGCACGAACACCGAUCCAGAUGCCCAGCUGAUCUACACUCGGCCACCAUGCCAAAAGCGCUGCCCCAGCUCAGCAAUACGGGAAGUGGGGCCUGGCUACAAUCACGACUUCGAUCGAGACCGCUGGUCCUGUGCAGAGGGCUUCACCGGCCAAGCCGUGAAGCCUUGUGAGAUCGACGACCAAUGCGGGCGGAAUGUGAGUCUCGCUGGCUGCGCGGAACUUCGGCCCUGCCAAGCUCCAACGCUGGAUUCCUGCAGGUACGACUGGUCAAGUUGUGGCAACUUUGCGCCCGGGACCAGCUGCCGAAUUGCUUGCCGCACGCCAUUCGAAGGCGAAGGCUUCCCGGCCAUUUGCUUGGCCAACAACUCGGAUCCCAUGGCGCCCAUGAACUUCGAGGUGCCCUGGUGCAACUUGAACUGCCCUGACCCUCUUCCGCUACCGGAGGGCUACACCAGGCAAGCGACGGGCUACAGAUGCGACGUCGGCUACACGGGCAUCGUGGAUCGAUCUUGCAGCGUUGCGCCAGAGGAUUGCUCAUGGGAGGUAACGUUUGCUGGCUGCGACAAGCUUGUGAGCUGCAAGGCUCUGCCUGAGCCGGAGGACAGGUGUCAGUUCGAUGUGGAGGACUGUCAGAGACCGGUCCCUUUGGGACAAAGCUGCGAAACGCGCUGCCGCGAGCCCUACGUCGGCCUGAGCUCGCAGAGCAAGUGCCCAACGAGGAACACGGAUCCCGAGAGGACUGUGGACUUUCUCCCACCCAGCUGCGCAGUUCCAGAUUGCCCGGAGCCAGUGCCCCGCGGCUACGCGAAGACGGAGAAUGGCUGGCAAUGUGCUCCGGGAUACGGCGGAACCGUGCUCAGCAGCUGCACAACAUGCGGGAGGCUGGUGCUUCGAGGCUGCACACCGGCCAUUCCCUGCAAGCCGGUAGAAGUCGAGGACCCUUGCCGUUUUAACGCCACAGACUGCUCUACACCCAUCGGUGCUGGUGAGUCGUGCACGAUCACCUGCGGCAAUGCUUACCAAGGGGAGCCGACGUUCGCGACCUGCCCUGCCGACAAUGUCGAUCCCGAGCGUCAAGCUGACAUCGAGCGCCUGCCCGAUUGCAGCCUCUACUGUGGGGAUCCAGACCCACUGCCCGAAGGUUACGUGAUGCAGGUUGACUUCGGGGGCAGGCGACAGUUCGAAUGUGCUGCUGGCUACAUCGGUCAAGCCGAGAGCGAAUGCCUGCUCCUGGACGGUUGCACAACGACCUUGCAACUAUCAGGUUGCCUGAAGCUCCAGCCUUGCCUGCCUUUGCAGCUGCAGCUGCCUCAUUCCGACCGCUACGAGAUACAAGGUUGUGACAGCGUCCAGCCGGGCCAGAGCUGCUUGGUCCGCUGCAGCGAUCCCUGGACGGGUCCGGAGGCUUUGGUCAGAUGCCCGGAAAACAAUCUUGACCCGAACCAGCCGCUGAUUGUGCCCGAGGACUGGUACAUGAACCGGCACGGUGUCAUGUACAAUAGCCUCUGGCCGCCGAAGUGCUCUUUACGAUGUGACUCGCUCAGCCCAGGCUACGAGAAGGUCCUCGGCGGCAGGUGGAGAUGCGCGCCUGGCUUCAUCGGGGAGGCCGUGACAAAGAGAUGCUACCAGCGUGGUGCCUGUGACCAGGCAGUUUCCCUCGAGGGCUGCAGAGAGCUGCUGCCGUGUACCAUCCCGGGCCUGGAUGCGUGCAAGUACGACGUCAGUGACUGUGGAGGGUUUCAACGUGGCACUAGCUGCGAGGUCAGGUGCCGGGCCCCCUUCAACGGUACCGCCAGCAUCAUGCAUUGUCCGCAAAACAACACUGAGCCUGAAGGAGGUCUCAUCGGCGAGCUGCCAGACUGUGAGAUCGAGGAGUGCAUGGAUCCUGUGCCGAUUCCUGCGAACUACGAGCCGAUCGAUGCAGCCGCAGGGCUGUGGAGUUGUGCUCCGGGCUACACAGGACUCGCUCAGAAGCAAUGUGUCGCCGAACUCACAGAGGAGCCCGAGAACAGGCUGAAGCAGGACCGCUACAACCAGUACGGGAUGCUGCAACCAGAGUGUGCUGUACGAGGCUUCUUCGAGGGCUGCGUCGUAGCCGAGCCCUGUGCGCAAUUUGUCAUCGAGGACACUUGCAUGUUCGCUGCUCCAUCCUGCAAUGCACAAAUCGUGGAGGGCCGUCUGGUGAUUGCAGCUCUCCAGCCGGGCGAAAGUUGCGAGGUGAGUUGCAAGGCGCCGUACAAGGCGCAGAGCAGCCUGGUGCAGUGCCCAUCGACGAACACGAACGUUACAACCCCUCCAGUCUGGACCCCGCCAGGCUGUGAGCUGGGUUGCCCGAAUGUGGCACCUCCACCUGGCUACGUCCAUGACUCCUUCGAUGGGUCACCAGAUUCAUGGGAUUGGAACGCCACCGACGAGUUGGAGGUUGGUGACUGGACGUGCGCCGAAGGUUUCACAGGCAAUGCAUUGAGGACUUGUCGGCUGCUGAGCGGGUGUUCCAGUGAAACGAUCUUCAGUGGAUGCUCUAGGCUCCUUCCCUGCCGCCCAUUUCUGACGCAAGCUUGCGGAGUGAACGAGAGCGCUUGCGCCCGUGCGCUGAUGCCGGGAGAGAGCUGCGCCAUUACUUGUGGCGAAGGCCAUGUGGGUGGUCCUUUCAUGGCCUCUUGCCCCGCGGAGAACACGCGACCUGGGAGGCAGCUCGACUUCGCAUCGGGGCCGCCGAUUUGUGAAAGGAUAUUUCCCGAGGGUGGUUGCUACGACCCAGUCCAGCCACCACCAGGCUACGUUCGGGCCAGCAACACGAGCAACUGGACCUGCGCGGAAGGCUUCGUGGGCUCUGCCCAGGAGGUCUGUGAGCAGCCAACGGGCGACUGUGGCAGCGAGCUGCAGCUGCGGGGAUGCAUCGAGCAGCAGCCCUGCAAGCUUCUGGAGCUGGACAGCUGCUAUUUCGAAGCCAUAGGCUGUGCAGGGCUCAUGGGCGGUGAGUCUUGUCAGAUCCACUGCCGUUCACCGUCGAUUGGCACGCCAGUGUGGGCAACGUGUCCCGUGGAAAAUGUGGACCCAGACCAGGAGCCCACAUUUACACCGCCAGUUUGCAGCAUCCCCGAUUGUGACCUCCCGGAUGAGUUUCCAGCGGGCUAUGAGAUGCAGGAGGACGUGCAGAAUGGAACGAUUCUCUGCGCAGACAAGUUUGCUGGUCGGCCGGAGGUGACCUGUGUCUUCGAGGAGGACUGCAGCACCGGGGCUCGUUUGUCGGGCUGCCUGCCGCUGCAAGCCUGUGCCGGUCCGGCGAGUCUCGACGCUUGCAGGCACAGCAUCAACCUCUGUCUGGACGGACCUUUGUUGGAUGUGCCUGGCGGUAAUGAUGGCUUCCAGACGGUGAAGCCUGGCGGAGAGUGCCAAGUGAGCUGCCGUGGUGCUUUCGUUGGUAGGGCAACGGUGGGAAGAUGUCCUCUGAACAACACGGACCCUUCGCAGCCUCUGAUCUACGAUCCACCUCUGGCAUGCGAGUGUCCGGACGAUCUGUCUCCAUGGCCAGAAGGCUACAAUCAAACCGGAGUUAUCAGCAACGACGGGCCCGAGCAGGAAGGCAGCUGGUACUGCGAAGAGGGCUAUGGUGGAGUUCCUCAGGGAUGCGCAACUCUGCAAACCUGCAAGCCGAUGAACCUCACGACGAUUCAGUGCCAGUAUGACAUCUCGAACUGCACUUCGCGGCUGGAUGGGGGUGAGACCUGCGAGGUUCUUUGCAGGCUCCCAGCUGUUGGAGACGGUGUCAUUGCGUAUUGCCCUGACGACAACACAGUUCCUGAUCAAGAGCUGAUGGCGGCAGAACUCGACCCUUUGACUGGAGAGACGAUUUAUCGGCCAUUUCAGUUUCCCUUGUGCGAGACUCCAUCAUUCUGCGCGGAUCCGGAUCCGCUACCUCCUGGCUACGUCAGGACCGGAACAGAGGGUGGAACAGCUGAAGACAAUUACGCGUGCGCUGAGGGCUAUUCCGCAUCACCGCGAGUCAAACGGACUUGUGUAAUGUCGAACACAUCUGAUCCGCUGGCGGCGUGCUCCCUGGAGCCUCUCUUCGAAGGAUGCCCUCCCAUUGUGAACUGCAGUGGAAUUGACGAGCGCAUGAUCGACACUUGCCGAUACGACGUCUCCAAUUGUCCCGAAUUCUUUGACCCAGGAAGCACAUGCGAGGUUUCCUGUCGUGAGCCCUUCUACAUCGGCACCGGUGCAGCUUUGGCGACCUGCCCCAGCGACAACACAGACCCGGAGAAGCAAAUCGAGUUUCCUGCGGACUUGGUAUGCACGAAGGCUUGCCCCGAGCCAGAUCCUGUGCCUGCGGGCUACGAGAAGGUGAACGGCGAGUGGCGAUGUGCAGCCGGUUACCUCGGGUCUGCUAUCGCCGAAUGCUUCGUCGACUCGAUCUUCAGCAGCAGCACAAGAACAGUUGUCUGCGUGGGCCGAGUGGAACUCACCGGCUGUGAUCCUAUGGCAUCUUGCCAGCCACCCACCUUGGAUGUGUGCAUCUACGACGUUUCAGACUGCAUCGAUGUGAUCGGUGGGACAAACUGCUCGAUUCGAUGUCGGAGCCCGCCCUAUGAGGGCACUUCGACAAAUGCUUCUUGUCCCUACGGGAAUCUCGAUCCUUUCCGUGUCGUCGACUUCGAGCCGCCCAGUUGCGAGCUGCGCUGUCCUGUGCAAGAGGUAUUGCCAGAUGGCUACAACUACAGCAAUGGGAGCUAUGUCUGCCUUGACUCAUGGUUCGGGUCGGCAACUGCAGAGUGUGUCGCCAAUGAGGAGGACUGCACUUUCGGCGUCGUUUUGUCAGGGUGUGGGCAGAGCUCGCCUUGUGUCGGUGUGACGUCCAACACUACCGGCGGAUGCUAUUUCGACGUCUCGCCUCAGGCUUGCUUGGCGGAGGACCCCACAUUCCCUCAGGCCAACUUCGGACGUGGCCCGGGAGGCAGCUGCACGGUGAGCUGCCGGCCCCCAUGCUCUGCACCGGAAGGCGAGCAGACGUUGAUCUGUCCGGCUUCAAACCUCAAUGCGCAACUGCCGCUCCAGGGCAUUCUUCCAAACUGCUCCUUCGAUUGCGAUCCUACGGACCGAAAUGGGGGCUAUGUGAAGGGGGCCGACGGAGAGUGGCUUUGUGCACAAGGCUUCGCCGGCGAGGUAAUCCAUCUCUGCAUGGCUGGUGAAGUCUGCGCGGACCAGUUGACCCUGGCUGGUUGCGCACCGCAGCAGCCCUGCCUACCACCAAUCAUCGAUGACACUCCCUGCAUCUUCGACGUCUCGGAGUGCGAAGGUGUUCCGGCUGGAGCGUCCUGCUUUGUGCGCUGUGCAGCGCCCUAUUACCUGGGCAGCAUCAGGCCUGCUUCGUGCUCUAUCAACAACACACGCCUGGACGGCCGCGCGGAGCUUUCAGUUCGACCAGUCUGCACUUGGAAUCCGGCGGAAUCAUGUCCUGAUCCGCCAGUUCCGCCAGCUGGCUACACUUUUGAUGACCAGACCGGUGUCUGGGUUUGCGCACCUGGUUAUGUGGGAACAGCUAUUCGGCAAUGCGCGCUGCGGCUCGCAAGCCCCAACUCCGCCCAGUGCGUUCCGGAGGCGACUUUCCUGGGCUGCCUCCCUCUGACACCGUGCAUUGAGCCGAUUGUGAGGGACUGCACGUACAACACGACGGCAGCGGCGAACCUGACGCCUGGUUCGACCGGCCUGAUCUACUGCAAUGUCCCUUAUGACGGAGUCCCAGGCAUCGCGCAAUGCCCAAUCGACAACAACCAAGAGGGCCAGGAGCCGCCAUAUGUGCUCCCUGAUUGCUUUCAUGCAUGCCCGCCAACAGCUGGAGAUCCUGUUCCGCCUGGUUUCAGCUGGCAGCCAGAACCGAAGGAAUGGGUCUGCGACAACGGCUACCGAAGCCCAGCCGAGGUGAACUGUACCACCAACAUUGCAUGCGAAUGGAAGCUCGACUUCGGUGGCUGCGAGAAGCUAGAGCCGUGUGCAGACUUGAACAUGACGAGCUGUGUGGUGGAUGGAGAUGCAUGCGUGGAUUUGAACUACGGGGACACAUGCACUCUGAGUUGCAGGGCGCCGUUCUUCGUGGGUGUCAGCACGAUCGCUUCCUGCCCCUCCGACAACAUCGAGAUGGGUCGGGAGCUCCAGUACACCCUCCCAAGCUGCGAGGUGACUUGUCCUGAUCCAGACACUCCCCCGGCUGGAUAUCGGAAGGCCGGUACAGAGUUUGGCGUGUGGGAGUGUGCCUCUGGUUAUGCGGGGACGGCUGAGAAAAGCUGCCACACGUCUUCGUACGAGGAUGGCUGUGUAACGACCACCGUGCUCAGUGGAUGCUUGCUUAUCGUCCCAUGUAAGGCACCGGAUCCCAGGACGCAGCCUCCAUGCUUCUACGACACCUCGAUGUGUCACUCCAUUCCGGCUGGAAGCAGCUGCACUAUCUCCUGUUUGACACCAUACACAGGAAGUGAGGGUCGAGGAAGCUGUCGAGUAAACAAUACGGAUCCGCACAGGCCCUUGGCAUACGAGUGGCCCAUUUGCUCGUUGGACCCAUGCCCAGAUCCGGAUCCAAUUCCACUUGGUUAUGUGAAGACCACAGGUGGUAACUUGUCCUGGCGCUGCGCCGAUGACCAUGUCGGCAUCCCCGCAGUUUCUUGUGAUGCUACGCUUCCCGAUGCAACAGCAGGCAUUGUGAACUGCAGCGUUGCGACAGUGCUCACGGGGUGCAUCGGCAAGGUGCCGUGUGUCCCUUUGCCAUUGGACACCUGUAUGCUUGACUCCUCGAACUGCAGUGCGGGCAUUCCAGCCGGCGACUCCUGUGACAUCCACUGCAAGUACCCCUACACCGGCACAUCCGGCGAGGCAAGCUGCCCAUCCAUCAACAGCGAUCCCUUCUUCCUGCCGACACUUGCUCCGCCCACCUGCAUCGUGGACUGCUCGCAACUGGAAUCCAUCUCUGUCGUGGGAUUUCGCCGGAAAGCCAACGACACGGGCUGGGAAUGUGAUGAUGGUUUCGGCGGCACUGUGCGAGAAGAUUGCUAUCUGGAGUUUGACAAAGAUGCAUGUGGCAGCCCGCAGCUGCUUCUCUCUGGUUGCUUUCCUCUGGCUGACUGCUUGGCUCCCAUGGUCGACCUUUGCCAGUUCAACGUGUCUGAUUGCCAGCAGGUCAUGCGAGGCAGCUCCUGCAGCGUCUCCUGUAUCUCGCCCUAUUCUGGGUCGUCCAGCGUGGCAACGUGCCCGAUGAUGAACACAGAUGCACUUCAAGGGCUCGAGCUCGUCCUUCCGGCCUGCAGCUUUCCCGUGUGUCCUGAUCCAGCCGUGCUUCCACUUGGUUUUGUGCAGCAUGAGAACGGCACCUAUGGCUGCGACCGCGACUACAUAGGCACCGUCGACCGCAGCUGCACAAGCCUUGCCUACUCGGGCACAUCCUUGGGGAAUGCUGCCGAAGGUCCAGCCUGCUACCCCGAAGCAGUGUUCUCAGGCUGCAAGGUUGUUGCCGAAAUCGUUCCGUGCCAGCCGCCGGUUGUUGAUCCCUGUCUCCACGAUGCUUCCUCAUGUACCGGGUCUUCGCUGGCUCCGGGUGGUAGCUGCGAAGUUGGAUGCCUUUCACCCUUCUACCAGGGCAGUCCCGUGCAGGCUUCUUGCCCACUCGACAACAUCAACACCACAGGAGGAUUGGUGUGGACUGCGCCGGUGUGUAGUCUGUAUUGCCCAGAGCCCACACUGGAGGAAGAGCCGGCGUACGGACGAAAUCCUGAAGGUGGCAGUAGCCAAGACAGCAGCGGAUGGAUCUGCAACCCCGGCUAUGCGGGCACGGCGCAGGUCACAUGUCAACUACUUCCUCCUGCCAGGGGGCAACAGUGCGGUGUGGCGAGGCUCAUCAUGUCUGGGUGCAGCCGGCUGGAGCCUUGCGUGCCGCUGCAAGCAUUUGCAAUGGACUUCCAGGUGCGCCUUCCGGCCCCGCCUCCUGCCCGCGGGGAGUGGCUGGAGGAAGCUGGAGAAGGCUUUGAAAUCGAUGUUUCGGGAUGUGCAGCCUUGGGUCCUGGCCAGGCAUGUCUUAUCGGUUGCCGGCCGCCGUUUAUUGGAGAUGUGGUGGAAGCACUUUGCCCCGUUGGGAACACGGAUCGAUUUCAGGCACCCAUCCCGCACAAGACUCCGCUUUGUGAGCUUCGAUGCCCGGACCCGCAAAGGGCACCGCCGGGUUACCAGCUGAUCAAGACAGCCCGCCAACCGACUGUGGGUGCCGCUGGCAAGGAUGGCGAGUGGCAGUGCACGUCGGACUUCACUGGCUUGCCUUUAAAGCACUGCAACGCAACUGCUGCAUGCAACGAAACCGGUGCGGAGCAGCUUGACGAGUCAGGAGACUGCACCAAUGCCGUCGAGCUUUCCAUCGAACUCACUGGCUGUGUGAAGCGGCAGCCAUGCCAAGCUCCAACACUGGACUCUUGCAGCGUGGAGAGCUUCGACUGCCCUGCAAAUUUGCUGGACCCCGGUUCGUCGUGCACAGUGCUCUGUCGCUUUCCGUUUGUUGGAGAUCCGACGAUCGCACGCUGCCCUCACGAGAACGUCCUCUUUGGGCAAGGAUUGGAUUGGACACCACCCGACUGCGUGUUGCCAGAAUGCUACGAUCCGGUUCCGGAAGGCUAUCAACAUGGUGCAGCUGGAUGGGAGUGUGCAGAAGGCUACUUCGGCUCGGCAGUACGCAGCUGCACGACGGAUGUCAAUUGUGAGCGCGAGGUGGCUCUUUCAGGUUGCACAAAGCUACAACCGUGCAGCUUACCACGAAGCCGCGAUCGUUGUCGCUAUGAUUUCACCUCCUGCCUUUCAGCGGUCGAUGGGCAGAGCUGUGAGGUGCGGUGCUUGGAGCCCUUCUACACGGCUGGCCGCUCACAAGUUGGCCUUGCGCUUUGUCCUGCAGGCAACGUUGACCCUGAGCAAGAGCUGCAAGUCCUGUCGCUGCCAAACUGUGUGCCGGAGUGCACUGUGGUGCCUCCUCCCGGCUAUGUCGGUUCUCUGGAGACAGGCUGGCGAUGCGGAGAGGGCUACCUGGGCACCGCGACCGUCAGCUGCACAGUGACAGAAGUCGGUGCCAGCUGCAUUGCUGACUUCCAGGCGUCGGGAUGCUUGCCUAUUCAGCCCUGCAUCCCAAAAGCAGCGGAGAAUCCUUGUAUGUACGACAUGGAUGAUUGCAGGGAGGUCAGUGCUGGAUCCACUUGCGAAAUACACUGCAAACAUCCAUUUCGAGGUAGCUCAGCAACAGGCAGUUGUCCUGCCGGUAACACGGAUCCCAAUAGGAUGGUGGACGCAGAUUUACCGGAGUGUUUCGUGAAGGCUCCGUGCCCAGAUCCGACAGAUGGAAUACCGGAAGAAUAUAGAUAUACUGGCAACAUUCUGGAGCCAGUUGAAUGCUCUGGAGGCUUUGCUGGUCCAGCUAUUCGGGAGUGCACAGCCAAACUGCUGCCAAACAGCACUGACACCUGUUUUGUCGAGGGCAGUUUCACUGGAUGUGCCAAGAUUGUGCCAUGCCUCUCCCCCGAGAUCGCGUCGAACGACUGUGAGCUUAACACUACAUGUGGGCCUAUGCUCAACGCCGGUGACAGCUGCGAGACUUCGUGCAACAGGCCACUCGAAGGACAAAUGACUGUGGCACGAUGCCCAGCGGACAACACAGAUCCGACGAUGCCAGCGAUUUGGACACGUCCAAUUUGCACUUGCCCGGAUCCGGCGAUCGUCCCUCCUGGCUUUGCCCCGGCUCUAGGGGCAUGGACAUGCUUGGCCGGAUACGUAGGGCAGGCAGCGAAGCUCUGCGAGUGUCGGGCAGAGGAGCCACUGUUGCGCGGUUGUUACUCGCCAGUAAUUUGCGGUGCUGCCGGCUUUUCCGAUACGGACACUCGAAGAGGCUUUGUGGGAGGAAGGAUCGAGUUUGGGCCCUCGACCUUGGAUGGGAGGACCGACGAAGAUGGUGUUUUGAGCUAUCAGGUCUUUUGGGCCGAUGACUGCGGGAUCCCUUUGCGGGAUUUCCCGGCCAUUCUUAGGGUGCCUCCCCGCACCUCCGGUGGUCCUUCGAGUCUUUGGCCUGAUGGUUGCUGCAAGACAGAUGUUUAUUCCUUGACAAUCCCGGCAACUGAGUUGCCGGCCGAAGCCCGGCAACUGCUGAUCCUCGUGCUCACAAGCUCGGGACCCGCACCCGAUGGGUUGGUCAUCCCGUUGGAGGAUAGCAAUUUCGAAGACACUGUGACAGUUCCGCCCAAAGGUACGGUUGGCAGCGAAGCCAGCGAACGGCGGACUUCUGGGUGGCUUCUUUUGUUGACUUGCUUGAUAGCAGUCAGUCGUGAGUAG